AAAGCAACCAAAAAAUAUCAAAAUCAAACAUGUAAGAAUCGCAACACGCAACUCUCUUCUUUAAAUCUCAAAAACCAAUCAAACUCCCCCAACCCAUUUAUCGAUGGAGCCUUUGAUGGAAGACGAAGAGUUCAGUCUUAGGGAAGUGGUGUUGCCGUCGCUGAUCCCGGUCGUGCCGGAGCCGGAGCUAGAGAGGGAGGACGGAGAGAGGAGGAGAGGGAGAGAUGUAAUCAUAGCCGUUGAUCAUGGUCCCAACAGCAAACACGCUUUCGAUUGGGCUCUCGUUCAUUUCUGCCGCCUCGCCGAUACCAUUCACCUCGUCCACGCCGUCUCGAGUGUUAAGAACGAUGUAGUGUACGAGAUGAGCCAAGCUCUCAUGGAGAAACUUGCUGUUGAGGCGUUUCAAGUUGCUAUGGUGAAGAGUGUGGCUCGUGUUGUUGAAGGAGAAGCAGGUAAAGUAAUCUGCAAGGAAGCAGAGAGAUUGAAGCCUGCGGCUGUCAUCAUGGGUACACGAGGCCGGAGCUUAGUAAGAAGUGUGCUACAAGGGAGUGUAAGCGAGUAUUGUUUCCACAAUUGCAAAUCCGCUCCUGUCAUUAUUGUUCCUGGGAAAGAAGCUGGAGACGAAUCGAUUGUAAGUUGGACAAAAUCAGGAGAUCCUAAACCCUGAAGAAAAAGAAGCUCUCAAGUCUCUUUGUACCUUGUAUCUUUCUCACUGUAGUUGAAGUCAUUGUUUCAGAAUGUGUUGUAGAACUUUGAAGUAAUUUCUUCUUCCUUGUGUGUGUGUGUGUGUGUUUUGUAGUUUCAAGUUUUGUGUAUAAAAAACAUUUGUUAUGUGUAUUGCAAUGGUGUUACGAUGUUUCUCAGAAAUCGAAUUGUGAGAUUAGUCUUGCAAAAUUAA